UGGCGCGUGCUGUCUCUUGGGUGUGUUGCAGACAGGUCUACGACGCCAGCUGUGCCAGACGCGAGCUGGGAAUUGACUCCACUUUAUCAAUCCCACAGCCCCAGCUGCAGACAAAGCUCGAACUUUGCCGGAGCCGCAGGUGCAGCGGCAAAGUCGAGACACUACUCUGUCCCCAUCCCCGUCUAAGUCUGGGUUCUGACGACGGCGGGAGACCCCAGAAUGGAUGCUAAAGCAGCUGCGGGCAUCAGGUGCUAAGGGCUGGCCUCGGGGUUCCUGGAGACUCUCGGGUUGACGUCCUGCAAAGGCUCCGGAGAUUCUCAGAGUCAACUACCCGGCGCCGCUGGAAAGCACUCCUUGCCACAGCAUGGCCACCAGCCUUGGUGUGGACCACCCGCAGCAGCUGAGCCCGCUGUCCACCCAGCAGACCACUCUUCUGCUGCUCCUCUCGGUGCUGGCCGCCGUGCACUUGGGCCAGUGGUUGCUGCGACAUCGCCGGCGACAGCCCUGGUCCUCGCCCCCGGGCCCCUUCCCGUGGCCGCUGAUCGGGAACGCGGCGGCUGUGGGGCAGGCGUCGCACCUGUCCUUCGCGCGCUGGGCGAAGCGCUACGGCGACAUCUUCCAGAUCCGUCUGGGCAGCUGUCCCGUGGUGGUGCUGAAUGGCCAGAGUGCCAUCCACGAGGCCCUGGUGCAGCAGGGGGCGGUCUUCGCAGACCGGCCGCCCUUCGCGUCUUUCCGCGUGGUGUCCGGCGGCGGCAGUCUUGCCUUCGGGCGAUACUCGGAGCCCUGGAAGGAGCAGAGGCGUGCUGCCUCUAGCACGAUGCGUGCCUUCUCCACGCGCCACCCACGCAGCCGCCGCCUCCUCGAAGGCCACGUGCUAGGCGAGGCGCGCGAGUUGGUGGCGGUGCUGGUACGAGGCAGCGCGGGCGCGGCCUUUCUCGACCCCACGCAGCCGGUCACCCUGGCGGUGGCCAAUGUCAUGAGUGCGGUGUGCUUCGGCUGUCGCUACAACCACGGUGACGCCGAGUUCCUGGAGCUGCUCAGCCACAACGAAGAGUUCGGGCGCACGGUGGGCGCAGGCAGCCUGGUGGACGUGCUACCCUGGCUGCAGCUCUUCCCCAAUCGGGUGCGCACCACCUUCCGCCAAUUCGAACAAGUCAACCGCAACUUCAGCAACUUCGUCCUGGACAAGUUCUUGAGGCACCGCGAAAGCCUGGUACCCGGGGCUGCUCCCCGAGACAUGAUGGACGCCUUCAUCCUCUCCUCGGAAAAGAAGGCAGCCGGGGGCUCAGGCGACGGUCGCGCAGGGCUGGAGUUGGAGAAGGUGCCAGGCACUAUUACUGACAUCUUCGGCGCCAGCCAGGACACCCUCUCUGCCGCGCUGCUGUGGCUGCUCAUCCUCUUUACCAGAUAUCCUGAUGUGCAGGCUCGGGUGCAGGCUGAAUUGGACCAAGUUGUGGGGAGGGACCGCCUGCCCUGCAUGGGUGACCAGCCCAAUCUGCCUUAUGUCAUGGCUUUUCUGUAUGAAACUAUGAGAUUCUCGAGUUUUCUGCCUGUCACCAUUCCUCAUGCCACCACUGCCAACACCUUUGUCUUGGGCUACUAUAUCCCCAAGAACACAGUAAUUUUUGUUAACCAGUGGUCUGUGAAUCACGACCCAGUGAAGUGGUCUAACCCAGAGGACUUUGAUCCAGCCCGAUUCCUGGACAAGGAUGGCUUCAUCAACAAGGAGCUGGCCAGCAGUGUGAUGAUUUUUUCAGUGGGCAAACGGAGGUGCAUCGGUGAAGAGCUGUCUAAAAUGCUGCUGUUUCUCUUCAUCUCCAUCCUGGCCCACCAGUGCAAUUUCAAGGCUAACCAAAAGGAGCCCUCCAGUAUGAGUUUGAGUUAUGGCCUGUCCAUUAAGCCCAAGUCAUUUAAAAUCCAUGUGUCUCUCAGAGAGUCCAUGGAUCUCCUUGAUAGUGCCGUUCAAAAGCUGCAAGCCGAGGAAGCUUGCCAGUGAGAGGUCAGAGGCAAGCCGAAAGCUCAGAAGUGUUCUAGUCUUACCUACUGGGGAGAAAAUUCAUUUCUUUUCUAGCUCCUUUUUGGGGUCACUUCUCUAAGGUGAACAUAAAACAAGAAGCCUGCCUGUGAGGCAUGCUUACGGCUGAAUGGCUCCUCACCAGCCCUGGGCUGUGCUGGAGUUUCUAGAAGAAUUUUUUAAAGAGUUAAGGGGCCCAAGGAAUUUUUUUCAUAUACUGGAAGCUGGAAGUAAUUAUUUCUUAAGGGGUGCAUUUUUUUUUUUUAACAAUUAAGCACAUGUGCACAGUACCCACACACAGGCACAACUAUUCACAACUAUUCCUCAACUAUGCCUUUUUAGGAAGAUCCAAGGCUGGACUUUUAUACGCAGAAAUCUACUCCACAGAAAGCUGCAUUUAGCAAAGUCUUAGGAUGCAUUCACGAUGCAAUGAAAAGUAAUUUCACUGUACAUUGUAAAGACCAGAAAUUCCCCACCAAAAAUACGCUGUUUGGUAAAUACCUUAACUCUGUUGUAGUAGCGCUGGGUGGAGUUUUCUUUUUGCCCGUGGAUGUGCCUCUCUACUAAGAGAUGAAUCAUAAAGUCAGUUGCUCAAAAUGAAAUUAGUAAUUGAAUUAACAAUUACAGUGGAUUUCAGAGACUUAUGGAUCUAAAGGUAAAUUACUCAAAAUUGCAAAAUAUUACAAACUAAAGUUGUACCUCAUUUGAUGGUUAAAGUGAAGUAUUUCAAUUUUGAGAGAAAAAAGGAUUUGCUAGUCCAGCUAAACUUUCAAUUAUGCAAUUUUAAUAAACUGAUCUCAUUAAUAAGUGUAUAAAAUAAAAUAAAACCUCAUAUCACCAAAUAGUGUUCAAUACAUAUACAUGAUACAUAAUUAUUUAUAAGAAGUAUAUUAAUAUGAAUUUUAUAACCAGUGUAUUAAUAUGAAUUGCUUUUAAUAGGAAAAUGAUUCACUAUAUGUCUUAUAUAAUACUGCAAGUAAAAAAAACUAUAUCCAGUUCAAUGAAUUGUGUCUAAAUCUACGAAAUGAGCCUGAUGAAAUCAAGCACCUGUUUUGACAUCUUUGGAAUUAAGUCAAAAUAAGAUCUUUUCUUAUUCAAUGAACCAGACAAUUCUUUUUCAGACAAUGAACCAAUCUGAGAUCAGGAAAAUGUGCUCUUACUUUGUAACUAUAUUCAUAAUACAGACUCUCUGGUUGAAAUUGACCCUAUUGAUAUGUUAAAAUUCCAAACUCCUGGCAUGCUUAAAUUUUAAUUUAAUUUAACAUCCGUCUUGAUAACUGCCUUUCAGCUAAAGCCAGUAGAAAUUUGAUCUUUACUCUGUAAAGGAUGAGAUAUCUAACCUUUGUCUGGGACAAAUAGUGAACAAAAAUACCAUUAAUUUUCUGGAUGUUCUUUUUAGUAGACCAUAAUGAUUUUUUUUUUUUUUUUUUAAAAUCAGAAUCAGAAGAUUCUUUUGGGAGGCUGUUUAAGAACCACACUAUGAGACAGCAGAAGUAGUUAAGAUUAACCACUGUGGCACUGUGAGCAGUUACUCUAGUAGCUGAAAGGAUUUUGUAAACAGCUUGGAAACCUUUUAAGAAGUGAGGGAGGAGUGCAAAAGUAAGAAGAGGGGUUUCCUGUUUCUGUUUUCAUUGCGAGGAGACUUCCAAAGGAAGCUCAGCAGUGCCUAGAGAGCUUGCUGCUCUAUUUCCUUUAGCUUUCUGAAAUCUUUGUGUCAAAAUUACAAAGGAAGGAGUUUAUGAUGUGUUUGUGUGGAUGCAGCCAGAGGUCACAGAAAAGAGAAAGAGUAAGAAGGAAGAAAGAUGUCUAGAUGUUUCCCAUUUGUUUCAAAUUAAUUUACUGAAGUACAAAAAUUGAAGCACGUUUAGAAAAAAGAUGUUUCGUGUGCUAGCCUUAAAUCUUAAGCAUCUGAGGUAGCUCUUUCUCUGUCUCUGUCAGUCUCUGUCUCUGUCUGUCUGUCUCUCUCACGCUCUCUCUCUGGCACAUCUGCUUUGUAGUUUGGGUUUGAAUUAAUAAAAAUUUAAUGUAGUUGAAAUUUUUUAAAAAUGUUAUAAUUGAAUCUCUUGAAUGUGAAAAAUGGUUUGUGUCAGUAUCUUCAGUCUUAAUUUCAACUGUAAAAAUUAAGCUUAUCCAAUAUUUUAAAAUCUUUUAGACACUGUCUACUUUAAAACAUAUACCCCAGUAGUACUGGCAGUGAUUUGGGCUCCUGUGGCUUAUUUAGCAAAAGUCAUCAUUUACCAAUUUGGAUCCCUCAUUAAGUCAACCAGUUCCAGAUGGGCUCAAAUGUGAAUACCCCAUUCAUCUGAUGCUUACAGCAAAAAGGAAAGGACAGUGGAUAUUUAGAGGUUACCAGGUUUGUUGAAUAUGCUUAGAAUCUAGUGAAAAGAAAGACAAUAAACCAAAAAGGAACAAAAAUAACCAAAUUUGGAGGCUAUACUAAGGCUUAAUCAGAAGAAUGAUUUUAUUUCUGCUACAGACUACAUUUGCUGAUCAGCACGUAAGUCAGAACUUAAUUCAGGUUAUUGCAGCAAAAACUGUGUUUUUAUUAAAUGCCUCACAUAUUGAAGCUUAAGAGUGUUUCAGAAAACUGCUUUUAUUUUUCAAAACAAGAAGAUGCCUCAGGUGUGUUUUGUGGAUUAUCCAAAGCUUUCACUUCCCAGAACUUAGCCUUUAUCUGUGAAAUGUUACCACACCCUUAGUGUUCCCACACUAGAUCUGUAUUAGAUCAUAUAGGUACA